AUGGGCGACGGCGCGGUGGAUCUCACUGCUGUCUACCAGCACAUGACACUGACUGACUGGCUCGACGACCUCACCGUUCGCUUCUUACUCAACCUACCGCCCGCUGAGCUGUCCAGUGUGCCGCGACUAUGCUUCCAGGUAGAAGAAGCUCAAUGGUAUUACGAAGACUUCAUCCGACCACUCAACCCCUCUUUGCCGAGCUUGAACUUGCGGGCUUUCCUCUUGACACUGUUCCAGCAUUGUCCGUUGCUUAGUGGCUUUCAGACAGAGCAGCAUGUCCGAGCAUAUGAGGAGUUCUUGGAGUACAAGACGCGCGUGCCGGUGCGGGGAGCCAUCUUGAUGAACGACAACAUGGACAAGAUCUUGCUGGUCAAAGGCUGGAAGAAAGGCGCUAGUUGGGGCUUUCCGAGAGGCAAGAUCAACAAGGACGAAGACGAUUUGGAUUGUGCCAUACGCGAGGUGUACGAGGAGACUGGGUUUGAUGCGACAGGUCUCGUGGAAGAGAAUCGACAGAAGGAUGGACGCGUGAAGUCUAUUGAUGUGACUAUGAAGGAACAGCACAUGAAGCUGUUCGUCUUUCGGGGCGUGAGCAUGGAUACGCAAUUUGAGCCGAGAACGAGGAAGGAAAUCAGUGGUAUCGAGUGGUAUAAUGUCAAGGACCUCCCAGGCUUCAGGAAGCAAAAGGGACGAGUCACUGGAGUUGGACAGGGCGAGGCACACUCGACGAAGUUCUACAUGGUCGCACCCUUCUUGGGACAGCUGAAGAAGUGGAUCGGUCAGCAGAGGCGGACAGAAGGCUCUACACCAGCGCAGCAUGGUAGGAGUCUGUCAGCAACGAACAACGCUUUACAAGCAGGCAUCACGGAAGAUGAAGGAGAGACUGAGCCGGAGUUUGCGACAGAUAAUGGCCUUCCAACAGUGGACCGGUCGUCGGAAGAGCUUAAGAAGCUACUAUCGAUCGGCAGUCCUUCUGUCACUCAUGCACCUCCGGCUGCGCGGCAGAGGGAGCCCGAACAUGCUGCAUACAGCAAUGCUCAAACCAAUAACCUGCUCGCUAUGCUGAAAGGAAGCCAGCCAUCUAUGCCCAUCUCAGGACCUAUCCCGACCACACCAUCGGAGCAAAUUGACCCGUCGAUCCCUCAGCAAGAGCCUGGAACACCACAACCACAUCAUCCACGAAAGCCGUCGUACCCACAGAUGCCACACUUUGCCUACUCGCCGCAGCGGCUGCAAGAGCAGCAGCGAAACUUUUCAGUGCCGAAUCAGGUCUUCCACCAGCCUGCGCAGCAUCCACAGCGGCAAGACACCUCCCACUUGCCGCCGCAUAUGCAGCAGAUGAUAUUUCCCCAGCAGCAGCAGCAGCAGCGACAGGGAAGCAUGCCGAACUACUUUCCUCAUGAAGCUCAACGCAGCACAGCUUUUGCCCAGUCAGCGCCUCAGCAACAGACGCAGCAUAGCUCAGGCUACGGUCCCAGCGUAGGUGAUCCGAGAAACCAAAAUUGGGCGAACCAACCUUUCGACGCAAACCUUGGCCCAACACGAAUGCAACGGCCACAGCUUGCAAGUCCGAUGCAUUCCUUUGCCGGGCAAAGACCACAGAGUUCUGGAAAGCCUAUUGGUAGUAACCAUUCGAUACCAGAAGCAUCGAAACUUCCCCAGCCAAAUUUGCCUGCGCAUACUCAGCUCCUGCUCGAUGCGUUCAAGAAUGGUCGCAAGACUCAACAGAGUGGCUCAGCAGCUUCAGGUUCGGCGAAUCAGAGGCACAAUAGUCAGCAGGCGUCUGCGCUGCUAGAUCUGUUUCGCAAGCCAAGCGGACAAGAUUCACCCAAGCCAGCUGCGGAAGAAGUUCCAGCGGCUCCAGCGUCUCCCGCGGUGUCGGAUGUCACAGUAAAGCCCAGGAAGACGGAGAAGAAAACGAGCAUUGGUGAGAUCACAACGACGUUGCCAGCAAGACCGAAAAGCAAAUCGCCUCAACCUGUCAUGCCAUCACCGGGCGCUGGUCCUCAGGUCAACAACCCACCCAAAGAGCCCACAGAGCCAUCAAUGCUGGCAUCGAUACCGUCAGAUGUCACUCUUGACCGACCGAAGUCGCGAGGCAACCUCUAUGACCCUACGAAACCAAAGCAGUUCGUACGGGCAUCACCGCAGACCGGAAGGCAGGAAUCACCCAAGGCAUCACCAAAGGCAAAGACCAAGCAAAAUGCACAAUCGCCUAGACAAUCGUCGCAUCCCACACCGCCAACUCAGCCGACACAGCCGACGCCGCAGUUUAGUAUUCUGCAACGUCCGAGCACGUCAAGGUCUCCGGUGCCUCAAAGCCCGCUACGGAACGAGUCAGCAGGUACCAACCUCCAGCCGCAGGUUCUACGCCGUCCAGGCGACGGGUUGGCUUCCGAACUCGCUGCUCAAGAGACGCCUUCGCCUCCUCCAGGUGAGGUUAAGAAGAGUCAUCUUUUGUCACUGUUCAAUAAGAGCCCGUCGGCUUCCGCACCUGGCCCAGUAGCGAGACCGCCAGCCCAGGUCAACGUCACGUCACCAGUGCAGACUCAUACCGGGUCCACUGGUAAAGAUGCGCUCCUGGGACUGUUCAAUGGUAAGACCACAUCUUCUGUGCCUCCGGUCAAGACCCCCGAGCCACCGUCAACUCAACCUCAGACUACUCCCACAAGCAAAGAUGCACUUCUGGGACUCUUCAACGGUAAGACCACUCCUUCAGUGCCACCAGCCAAAAUCCCACAGCCACCACCAACUCCACAACUACAACCAGACACGCGACCCUCCCAGUCCCAACAAGGCCAUCGCGCAAACGGCGGCGGCCAGCAACAACUACUGCUCAGCAUGUUCAGCAGACCUGGCUCAGCCAGUAGCGCUCAAAGCCCCGGCACGCCAGUCUCGCCCUUCACGCUCGGCACUCCUCUCACGAAAGAACCACCCGCAAAGCUCAAUGUCCCGGAACCUCGAUCGAGGCUGGAGAGCGUGCACUCAGUGACAAGUAAUGGUACGACGAGUGGACAGCAGACGCCGGGAAGUGCGACGCCGACGGAGACGAAUAAGGGGUUCUUGUUGAGUUAUUUGAAUGAGGUCGUGGAGAAGGAGGGGCAUCGGGGUGCGAAGAGGUAG